AUGGCUGUCAUCGAGACCCUGGGUAAUGAGGAUGCAUUCAAACCGUAUGACCAGUUCCUUCUCUUCGGAGACUCCAUCACUCAGAUGGCCUGCAACCAAGAGUUAGGUUUCGCAUUCCAUGCUGCACUCCAAGAAUCCUACAGUCGCAGAUUGGAUGUUAUCAAUCGCGGCCUGGCUGGAUAUACAACUGCCCAUGCCGUCAAGGUCUUCGAUAAAUUCUUCCCUUCGCCGCAGACGGCUAAUGUGCGGUUCAUGACUAUCUUCUUCGGUGCCAAUGAUGCAUGCCUUCCAAACCACGACCAGCAUGUGCCCCUGGAUCAAUAUAAAGAGAACCUGAAGACGAUCGUUCAGCACCCAGCGACACGUGCACAGAACCCGCGACUCAUUCUGAUCAGCCCUCCUCCCGUGAAUGAAUAUCAACUGGAGGGAUUUGAUGCUUCAAAGGGCACCCCAUUCCCAAGCAGAACCGCCAGCUACACCAAGUCAUACGCAGUGGCUGCGUGCGAAGUCGGUGCAUCCCUCAAUGUCCCGGUAGUGGACUUAUGGUCCGCCUUCAUGAAGACCACUGGCUGGAAGGAGGGAGAACCUCUGAUCGGGGCUCAUGAUGUGCCGAGCAAUGACACAUUGGCUAGUCUUCUCACUGAUGGUGUGUGGAAACGUGCAUAUUCACUUCGUCUUGUGCUCACUCGUCAUACAGGUCUGCAUCUGACUCCCGCUGGUAACCGCAUCGUCUACAAAGAAAUUAUGAAGGUAAUCCAGGCCAAUUGGCCGGAUCAGACUCCGGAGAUCCUUCCAAUGGUGUUCCCCGCUUGGGUUGACGCACCGAAAUGA